UCUGCUUUUCAAAAUAAAUAGCAUUCAUUUGCAGUUUAGUUGUAUCACGAAUCGGAAUUAAAUUAAAUAAACGUAUAAGUCAUUAAAAUGAAUAUUUCUACUUAUACGUGCAUAUUGUCAAUAUUGUUAGUUGUUAAGCAAGUGAAUAGCUCGUGCUCCGUUUACUCAAAAGAAUUGGAUGAUCAAUGCAGUACCUAUUGCUAUCAAGUUGUGAAGCCACUUCUACAAUACGUAAACCCGGUACAAUCAAUGACACAAGAAUUAAACGAGCUGCAGCAUACAAUUAAAUCGCAAGCAGCUGAAAUAAAGAACUUAAAUGAGUUGAUUAAGUCUAGGGACAUGCAACUAGCACAGCAAAUCAACUGUCUCGGAAAGUCGACGGAUCUUCAUGAGAUUCGACUUCCUACAGGGCAAAUAAUAAUAGUUCCGUGUGAAUCAAACUUGCUUGAAGCUGGAGCUGGUUGGACUGUUAUACAGAGGCGUAAGAAUGAUGGUUUAGAUUUUAAUCGAACGUGGUCAGAGUAUAACAUCAGCAUCACCAGCAGCAUCACCAGCAGGAGCAUCACAGGAGCCAGCAGUUGCUGCAGUGCCACGUUGUAG